GCAAUUAGGCAAAACAUUGUCAGCCCCAGUUGUUCAGUUUCCAGCCAGCCUUCGAUCCAAUCCUUUCCUUGCGUCCUUGCGUCCGCCCGCUAUGGAUUACUCCGCGGCGUCUAACAAGUCAACCGCCGGAAAUCAACUACCCCCUAUCCCCCGGCAGACUCGCCAACAAUCCCGCAGGAAGGUAAUCGAUCCUUCCAUGCACCUCCAUCUGCGUGACGACGACAAAGACCGCGCCGGUAUACCUGCUGCCUCUCCCGAAGUUAUAUCAUCUUUAAUCACAAGUUUAUCUGUCAUCUCAAAGCCGGCGAAUAAGCAUUUCGAAGGCCAAAGUUUGUCUCUGCCAAACUCGCCGAACGACCAGCGAGAGGGCAGUUUCGGUGUCGAAUACGGCGCCUUCAAUCAUAAGCUCGGCAGACUACAGGAAGAAGAGAUCGAUCUCGACGAAUUGGCCGCUAGCUCCCCAACGAUUCGGACCGCGAAACCACCGUCCGGCUUCUCUCCCUUAACCGCCCCCAAGUCACCGCGUCGCGAAACCUCAGGCGGACUGAAAUCUCUCCUGCGCAGCUCAUCGAGGCCGUCGUCGAAGGGAUCGCUUUCGUCGCAUGAUGAUACCCGAAGUAUCGGGAACCUUUCGGUUGAACGUGGGAUGCCACCAACCCCUGAGUUGCGUAAACAACGAUCGCACGACAGCUGGGGAAAGAAGCAGUCUCGCAAUAAUAAAGGUCUAAUGUAUAUGAGCUCAAAAGAAAGGUUACGUGUUAGUGACUCGGAGAAGAGGCGAAUAAGUACAGGGUCAAUCGGUGGUAAAUCUAACAGCUUGGGCGGUGUAUCACCCAGGCCUGACACACUUCUUGCUGAGACCCCAAUUCGCGAAGAACCGAGCGAUUCGCCCAUUAAAGAAAAAAUGUACGAUCUUAGCCCAUCAUCCCUAGAUUUCGAUUCUAGCAUCCAGCGACCGAUUCCUACUCGCGACUCUUCCCUACGCAAGACGGGAACCAACGCAAAGAGGUCAUCGCACAGAUCUUCGCGAGGAAAGAGAGAAAGUGAUAACGGACUCGCCGAUACUAUCCCGGAGGAUUCGGAACAUACUCGUUCGCGCGACCCUUCUACCGCGAGGCGACGACAUACAAGUCGCGCCAACUCGGAAGCUGAAACUAGGAAGAGGAGAGACGAUUCUCUGCCAGAAAUGCCACACCCUACGAGAGCGAGCGUAUCUUCUACUAAGAGGGGCCAGGAUAAUUAUGCGCACAAGCGCUCAGGAUCGUAUUCGACCGAUGCGAAUGGGUUUGAGGAUGGUGCUCCGUUCCCGGCGGUAUCACAGAGUAGGAGGCGCAGUGCGCACAGUACCGACCGCAGAAAGUCAGGGCGCACGACUCCGGACCCAGGAGAUAUGAUCAAACCUAAACGAAGCAGUUCGCGACUGAAGCGUCUCUCAGCUGGGCCUAAGAGCCCUGAUCUUGAUAGGAGAAAUGAGGCCACCACCCCCGAACCUAUGGUGGGUUAUGAGCGACCUGCAAGUGCCGAUUCUAUCGACGACGCUGUCGAGUCCUAUCUUUGCUCGCCAAGGCUAUCGCAGAAAAUUCGACACCCGCAGACAGGUCGUAUGAUAUCGUUUUCUGAGGUCGGCGACGCUGAAGGCUCGGCCGUAUUCUGUUGUGUUGGUAUGGGUCUGACUAGAUACAUCACUGCGUUCUAUGACGAGUUAGCGUUGACGCUUAAGUUACGACUUAUCACCCCUGACCGGCCUGGUGUUGGUGAUAGCGAAGCUUACGCUGACGGGACGGCGACACCUCUUAGUUGGCCUGAUGAUGUAUACGCAAUCUGUCAAGCACUCAAGAUUACCAAGUUUUCGAUCCUUGCGCACUCUGCCGGCGCGAUAUAUGCUCUUGCUACUGCACUUCGUAUGCCACAACACAUUCGUGGCCGUAUUCACCUUCUAGCACCGUGGAUCCCUCCGUCGCAGAUGAAUGUGUUCGGCACAUCACAGGCUCUGCCCCCUACCAACGCAAUUCCUACAUCCCAGCGAAUCCUCCGUGCCUUGCCGACCCCGUUCCUUAAGGCGGCAAAUAGCUCAUUUAUGACGGCUACUAGUAGUUCAAUUACCAGCUCAUUACCGAAGAAUAGUCCUAGACGCGGGAAGCGAAAGUCCUCUGCCCCUUCAGCACGUGACUCAACCAUAGGAAACCGCCGAGAUAUCACGCCUAGCUUAGAUAAAGAAAAUAUCCUACAGGAAAAUUCGGGCGGGAAAGGUUUACCACCCACAGCUAGCGAGAAUAUGGACCAGUAUCGCCCAGCUGACAACGAGUUCAAUCCCCAAUCCUCGAUCCUCGAAGCUGCCGCCGACGCAAUCGCAGAUAAGGAAAGGCAGAUGACAUAUGAUAUGCGACUUACCCACGCGAUUUGGGAACUUGCUACUACUGGUGCAAAUCCUGCUGUGGAUCUGCUUGUCUGCCUAGAGCGCAGGCACACGAUUGGGUUCCGUUACGUAGACAUUACGCGACCCGUCAUUAUUCACCACGGCAGUAGGGAUACUCGUGUCCCUGUCGAGAAUGUCAAGUGGCUUGGGAAGACUAUGCGGAGAUGUGAGGUUCGUGUGCUUGAGGGUGAGGGACAUGGGUUGAUGGCCAGUGCCACAGUGAUGGGCUCGGUAUUGAUGGAAAUAAGCAAAGAGUGGGAGGAUUGGAUGGUAUUAACGAAUUCAAACAGGCGAACGGAUGAGCGAGGUAGGAGUAUACGAGCAAGUGCUCGAUAAAAAGGUAUGGUGGAUAUUUGGGGGAAGCAUAUCUGCCACAUCGAACCUGAUAUGGAUCAUACCCUGGCGAAUCGGAGUUCUGCAUUAUGGAUGGUUCUAUGAUGAACUUAAUGGCUAUCAGAGAUCCCACGCAAGGGGACAUUGGUUUUUUUUGUCAUUUUAUAUAUGCGUUGACAGAAUUGGCGAUGCUCAUGUCUUCGAAGCCCCUUCAAUUUACAUGGGCUUAGGAGAUCAAAGUUUAGAAACAAGCUUUUGAGAAGUGAGGAGGAAGUAAGUGUACUCUGUACCAAUAGUCUUAAAUCAUGGCUUAUUAAAAGCCUGUAUUAGUACGUAAUGUCUAACCUGAUAUCUUUUGGAUCAA